GGGAUUACUUCUAGUGAACAUUCACAUUGCUCUAAAGACAUGACUCGUGGUUUAUUAGAGUCCGGAAGUUUGGGUUCAGCAAAGCCGAUCCUGGACAUCGAGCAAGGACCAUCCGCUGCUCAUAGUUGUGGAGACAUGUCUUCAGCUUCAGAUGUGGAUAACCUAGAGGACGCCAGGCGGCUAGUGAGAGAUCUCAGACAGAAGAGCAGAACGCAGGCGCAACAGAUCAUGGCUUGGAGGCGGGCAUACAAAAUGCAGGAACUCCUAAUAUCCCGCUUACAACGCGAAAAAUGCGACCAGCUGAAAGCCCUCAGCUCCAAACUGCUCCUAUUCGAAUCAAGACUGAUCCGCAAGCAGAAAGACAUAUCAACGAUGCUCAACGUCAGAGAAAACAUAAUCCAUCGCCAGCAAAGAAUAAUCGAUACACUAUCAAAUCGACUGAUCGAUAACGGCCUAGAAGUACCGCAAUCGGAGAUAAAUGAAUUAGAAACUAACCUCCCCGACCUAGAGUCACUCAACGACUCUGAUAGCGCAGUAGUUCUAGAAGACAUCGACUCUGACAGUACCUAUCAUGCACCGAAGUUCAGGAUAAACACGGACGGCGUGACCAUAAUGCGAUCCAUCUCAGAUGCCAUCGAUCCUAACCUCAAAUACACUUCAGUACGGCGAAAUAACGGUUUCCUAAGGAGGCCUGAAAUCCUUGAAACGGUUUACAGUGUCGAAGAAGAUGCAGACAAUGAUCAGGAGAGCAAAAACGACGCUAACAGAAAACGGGAAACUUUCGCUACACGUGGAAAAUCACAUUGUAACGUAGAAAGCCUGAGUGUGCGAGACAAAUCGCUGGAGGAGAAAAUCACAGAGUGUCCUUCGUGGCCAUAUAGUAACGGAGAGAAGAAUAAUGAAGAACACAUGGAGGAGAGCCCGAAGAAUCAGGUGAAAACUUAUAAUCGUGUAAUGUCCAAUCAUAGGUCUGUCACCAAACCAAAAGACGUUAAAUAUAAGAGAAUAAAUAAAGCAAAGUCGAAAAGUCUGGAAGAACUAAGAGGAAGACUUAAAAACUGGGUAGAACAAGGGAGUAAGCUAAGUGGGUUGACAUUAGAACAUAGCCAGAGUUGUGCUUAGUCCUAUUCGUGGAUACUAAAAAGCAAACUUCCAAUGUUUCAUUGAUUUUUUUUAGUCAACUCUACUGAAAAUUCAAAAUUAUCUAAAGUCUAAAUAACUUAAUGACCAUUGUUCCACUCAUGUUUUCAAGAACCAAUGAAAUACUGUCUCUCACAGUAUCUUUAGUAUUACUUGUACCAAAUAUUCUUUGUCCACAAAAAAAAUUCCAAUUUGCAAUUAACGACAACCAUCAGCAUUUUUUCUCACUAUCGUUUGAAUAACCUGCUUCAUAUUUGAAUUUUAAAACGUCAACUAAUGAAAUUUGUUUUUUCCUAUCUUUGCAAUGUCAAUACAGAUGUCAAUUUGAUGAUUUGAUAUUAUAAUUAACACAGUAUUAUUGAAUGUGGUAUGGAAUAGAAUGACCAGUUUUUCGAAAUCUGGUAAAAAUUAUAGAUCUUGAAAUGUUACUGUAAAGAUGUUUCACAACUUAUAUUUAAAGCAAAGCUUGAUAAUUUUGUAUACAUUUUUCAUUGAACAAAUGGAAGUCAUUGCUUCAGCUACAAUGUGAUUGUGUGUAAAAUAAAGCUUAUUUAUUCAUGUAAUAUCGUAUAAAAUAGAAUAGUCAAUAUUAGUUGCUAAGAUUUGCUGAAAGUGUGAUAUUGUUGAAAAAAAUAGUUCUCUUGUAAAAGUGCAGAUAUUAGAUGAAGUUGUCUGAGAAACCAUUAUAAAUUUUGUGUAGUGAUAAUGAAUUUGUUACCAAAUGGACAAGACAAUCUUCGGAAAUAUUUGUUCUUAAAACUUUUUGUAUAUAUUUGUUUUAAUUUGUGUGAAUGCACUGACGAUUUUAAGUUCCUUACUAUGUAAGAUAAAAUGAGAAUUGUAUGCUGUAAAUAAAUUUAGCUUUUUUAACUCUCAAGUUUGACAUAUCUCUGAGUGAUUAUUCAGGAUAUUUAACCAUUUUGUACGAUUCCUGAAGUUUUAAGCCUUGAGGCCUAUGUUUGCCAUGUGUUUCAUAAAUUAAACUACUACUUCUUCAUAAAUUUAAGCCUACUAGUUUUUAACUGAAUGUACGAAUAAAUACAGCAAGACAUCUCUAUUCUUUACAAAAUGUAUCAAUAAACGCAAUCUAUC